AUGUCCAGUGCCUUCCCUCUCCUCCGCCUACCAAAAAAGGCACUACAUCAUGUGCUUUAUAGCAUUGAUUAUGUUGAUAUAGUCUCAUUCUCUCUCGCAUCCAAUAAAACUAAGGAGGUGGUCAAAUCUCUCAACUUGAAAAUCAAUGAUAUCAAUUUGAAAAUUGAUAAUAUCAUCAUAAUUCAAAUUGACGCAUUCAGGAACUCUCCGUCGCAGAUGUUGUGGUAUUUCUAUCCGGAAAAUAAUAAUGAUAGAAUCGAACCAAUUCCAAUUUAUAUGCCAGCUCGUGUAAUGGGGAUGCGUGACACAAUUCCUCCACAGAACAUCGUGAAAUACCGAAAUCCUGGUCUCACCAUCCGAGAAUGGUUAGCUCAUUUUCAAUAUAUAUUCUUUUCAUCUAAAAUUCACUCACUUUAUUUUACUAGAGAAACAUGUAAAUUUGAUAUGAGCUCUGUGAAAGAAACGAUCGGAGGAUCCGAGAUAGGAACGCUCAGAUUUUAUGAUUCCUGUGGUUUGGAAUGCGCACAGAUGGCACUGAGACAAUUUCCAUCUGUCAAAUGUUUGUCCGCGGGCAGUCGAGGUCUUGAGGACCCCAGCAUGUACAGAAACAUUUUGAUUCAAAACUUGGAUAUGUUGGUUCUCGGAGAGCCUACUACGUCUAUCAGAAUUGGAUUGGAUGAGAUGUUAUUGAUAAAUAGCAAGGAAAUAUACGCUUGCUCAUCAACUAUCACUAAUAAAGGGAUCAAUCGGUUUCUAAAACAUUGGAUGAACGGAUCGAACCCGAGAAUGGAAGUCGUAAACUUUGAUUUUCCUAAUGGCCGGUUUCCGGAUAAGGAUGUUUUAUUGAAAGGAACGAAUUAUCACGAAAUACUAUCGAAUCAAGUCAGACGUUACAAAAGACAUGAGAAGAUCAUAGUGGUCAAAGGCGGAUACGAUAUUCGUCGAAUGGACGGAACUCUCGGGACUGUUACAAUUCGACAACGACUUCAAAUACGAUUUGUUCUAUUUUUCGUAUGGGUACAAUCAUCGUGCAAAAUCAGGUUCAAGGCAGAUUCGAGACUCGCGAAAUGGCGGAAAGAUGCAAUUUUUCCCGAAAAUUAUUUUUCUGGCGGGCCGAAACACGAGUCACAUCAUCAAUACUCAAGAUAUUUCAACGAAUUAAUGCGACAUUUGGCUAGCGGAGCUGCUCAUUCACCGAUUUCUGAAUUUCAAGGGCCAGAGAGAGACGAUCGGGAAUCGACGGAAUCAUUCCAUGACGACAAUCCAAGCAAACUGCAUUCGAUUGGUCCAUCAGAAGUCGCUGCUCUUCCGUAA